UCGAUAUGUUAGAGCAUUUCAUGAUAUGAAUGAGGCUAUAGGUUUUAAUGGCUCUUCAGAGAGCAAUGGGAUAACAUACCAACAAUAUGGACGAACCCAUUGUAUCUAUGUCUUUAAUCUUACAAAUAGCGGUGAAGACAAUGGAGGAACUUUUGAUUUAAUAAAGAAUGGGUCGACUUCAGUGAAUAUUAAAUUUAGUCACGCGCGCAUGCCAAAAACCCACAUGCAUAGCUAA